CGCCGGGAGACUCCCCUGAGACGUUUCUUCAGUCAUGAUUCGGAUUUGUUGGCCCGUGUUUGUGUUGCUACUUUUUGUGGUCCAGGCUGUUGUGACGAAAGCCAAAUCUGGAGACAGUCUAAUAAGAAGAAAAAGAACUUGGCUUCCCCCACCAGUGAACUUGGAGGAAAAUGUGGACCACACACAAAAGAUUUCUGUUGCCAGGAUUCAUUCAGAUUUCGAUGAUGAUAAAGGAAAUCUCAAAUACUCCCUGAUAGGCCGUGGUGCAAACCAAGAUCCCUUCCAUGUGUUUGUAGUUCACGAAAGAACUGGAUUUAUUCGUGUGACCCAACUACUUGACAGAGAGUUCAUCCAUUUAUACAAUCUUUCUGGUGUUGCUAGGUACAAUGAUGGCACUCUGGCAGAGGAAAACAUAGAUGUACGAUUCAAGGUUAUUGAUCAGAAUGACAAUGCACCAGUGUUUCAAGACGUCUAUACUGGGCGUGUGGAUGAGCUUACACCGCCAGGGACUUUUGUUAUGAAAGUCGCGGCAACGGAUGCCGAUGAACCAGGCAAUCCCAAUUCCCAGGUUUUUCAUACCAUCAUAGACCAGAAACCACCUCAUGACAUGUUUUACAUGAACAGUGACGGGUCCAUCUUCAUCAAAAACAGUCCAGACAGAGAGAAAUGUGAUCAGUAUAUUCUGACAGUACAAGGUCAGGACCUAAAUGGUGCACCAGAGGGGAACACUGGAACUGGCACUGUUACUAUAGCUGUUGGUGAUGUGAAUGACAACCUACCAACUCUGGAAAAAGAGCAGUAUGAAGGUAGCAUUGAGGAGAACACACAAGGUGUGGAGGUGAUGAGAAUCAAAGCACAGGACCUGGACCUGCAAGGCACUGACAACUGGGAGGCUGUAUUUGAUAUUGUCAAGGGCAACGAGGCUGGGUAUUUCAGCAUUAAAACAGACCCCAACACCAAUGAGGGAAUCCUAAUGCUUGAUAAGGCUGUGGAUUAUGAAGAUGUAAAAAACAUUGAACUUGGACUAUCUGUCAGGAACAAGGCUCAGCCAUAUGGAUCUGGGACAAGUGCUGGAAUAAAUAUUGGAGGAGGGGGGGGAGGAGCAGGGGGAGGAGGAGGAGGGGGAGGGGGUGGAGGGGGAGGGGGAGGAGGGGGAGGAGGAGGAGGGGGUGGGGGAGGAGGAGGAGGAGGAGCAGGGGGUGCAACUGGAGCUGCUGGGAUUUCUGGUGGGACACCCUUUAAAACCUAUCCUAUCAAAAUCAAUGUGAAGAACCAGCCUGAGGGGGCAAAGUUUGAUCCCAAAGUUAAAGCCAUUCAUGUCUCAGAGGGAAGCACCUCCUUCAACAUUAAUGAUGUUAUUGCCAGCUACCCUGCAAUAGAUGGAGACACUGGGAAACCCGCUCAAAAUGUCAGGUAUAUUAAGGGAUCAGACCCUAACAACUGGCUAACUAUUGACCCAGUCACAGCUGAGAUCAAACUGAACAAGAUGCCUGACAGGGAAUCUCCACACUUGGUCAAUGGGACGUAUUUUGCCAAGAUACUCUGCAUUUCGGAAGACACACCUGAUAAAACAGCCACUGGCACCAUAGCCAUCCAAGUGGAGGAUUCUAAUGACCACUGCCCCAUCUUGACAAGUGACAUGGAGACUAUGUGCACAACAGUGGAUGCUGUUAUAGUGAACGCUAAUGAUGAGGAUGCAUUUCCCAAUGGACCUCCUUUUGUGUUUGAGAUCCUCCCAGAAGGCACUAAGGGAAAAUGGCAAGUGGAGCAUCUUAAUGACACCGCAGCUAUCUUGCGGUCUCAUGAGUCUCUUUGGCCUGGUAUUUAUGAGGUGGAAUUUGUGGUGAAGGAUCAGCAGGGGCACGCGUGUCAAAAUCCACAGAAAGUCAAGGUUGAAGUUUGCACCUGUGAGGAUGGAAUCAUGUGUGGAAAAAAAGGCGCCAAUGGUCGUGCAAGCAAAGGAGUGAAGUUGGGACCUGCAGGCAUUGGGCUGUUACUGCUGGGCCUAUUACUCUUGUUGUUGAUUCCUUUGUUGCUACUCUUCUGCCAAUGUGGAGGUGCUGCAACCUUCCCAGACCUCUUUACUGAGAUGCCGUUUGAUACAAAAUCACAUCUCAUCAACUACCAUACUGAACGUCAGGGAGAGAACACGGACGUGCCACUACUGAACUUGCCAACACAACUGGAUGGAGAUGUCUUAAAUGUAGCCAUGGCUCAAAAACCUGUAGCAAUGGAUCCGGUGGGCAGUUUUGAUUUCGCACAAUCUGUCGGAUCCAUUAAUAGGCUGAACGGGGCUAACUACCCAGGUAGUUACAGAAAAGAAAUUUGGGGCAUGAACCAACAGGAUCCAAGUGGUUUCUACUCUGAGACUGAGACAAGAGAAUUGUUGGGAGGUGUAGGACUUUAUGAUGGGAUGGCUCUGCCAGACCACUUUUUGAGGCAAUAUUACAAUCAGAAAAUCAUUGAUGGAAAUGAUAACCUUGGCGUGAAAGAUGGUUUGUUGGUGUAUGACUAUGAGGGUCAAGGGUCCUCUGCUGGCUCAGUAGGCUGCUGUAGCCUUUUGGAGUCAGACAGUGAUCUUCAGUUUCUUGAUAACCUUGGACCAAAGUUCAAGACUCUCGCGGAGGUGUGCAGAGGCGAGAAAAUUUCUUAUGAUGACAAACAAGUGCCACCUCCUGUGUCUAAUGUCUAUAACAAACCCCCAACCUCAGUGUCAAGUUCAGUGAGUGUACAAAAACUGUCCCCUCCACCCAAACUGGAGCCAACCAUGCCCAAAGUGGAGCAGAGUAUGGUCAUGAAGACAACCGAGCAUUCUGAAAUGGCAAAGGAAAGUACAACUUCAGUGAGGGAAGGGAUGAAUACAAUGAAAAGAGGGUUGGCAAAUCAAGGCCAGAUGGUCCUAAUACAGCAACAGCAGCCUGUCUACUACACAACCACUCCUGUGUUGCAGCCAAUGCAUUAUGUAGUCCAACCACAGGUUCAGAACACUAUGAUUCUGGCUGAAGCACCAACCACCAACCUUCAAGGCCUGAUACUGGUUAACAACACGCAAUCUGGACCUGCCCAAGGAGUAUUUGUUCAGGGAAACACUCUCUUGUCCAGUGGACAAGCCCAGGAGCCCACCAUGGUGCUGGUGGAUAACAGUGGUGCCCAGCGGAGUCAUGCAAACUUGAUCCAAGCUACAAACUUGUCUGGCUCUCAGACCAUGAAGGUUGUCGAGGGUAAGGUCCCUGCAGGGUCAAUUAAAGUGCGAAAGGGGAACCAGGCUUCCUAUGUUCAGGGAGGUCCUCUACAACCAGGAGACCUUCCUGGAUCUCAAAAAAUCCUAAUGGUCAGAGAGAACUUUGUUCAAGACACAAAUGAUCUGCCAAAGAAGGCUGAGGUCUUUGGCUCUGAAAGAAUUCUCUACAAGGACAGCCAAUCCACUGGCUCUAUGACCAGUAAGUUUGGUUCCUCUACUGCUACAGUAUCUGCUGGCCCUGUAUCCCACAAAGUGCAGGAGAAAUUCACUUAA